AUGGAUGACUAUUAUGUCGCCGAGGUCCUUGCCAAAGAGGCGCGGGACAGCUCUCAGAAGUACUCGACCGAAGGUUUAGGCGCAUACAUGCCCCGCAAAACUGCAAGCAACGCUCCCAAGCCAAACACUCGAUUCCUUCGCCAUCUAAUCAAAGAGACCGAUAACCACAAUACCGCUCUCAAGCGCAAAGAAGAGAGGGAAGCUAGGGAGCGCAUGCGCCAACUGAAAGAGCAGUCUGCGGCCGCUUCAAAAUCUACAGCUCGCUCAUCCCGGGGGCAAGGCCCAUCUCACGCACGAGACUCGGAGAGGCCACGCGGGGAAGACCGCGAGGAGCGACGACGACGUCGUAGUCGAUCUGCAUCCACUGACAGAGACCGGUCACGGCGGCGGCGGAGGGAAGAGGAUAGAGGCAAAUCUAGAGAGGCCGAUCGGGACCACACCGAGCGGCGACGAGAACGCCACAGACACCAUUCCUCCCGCAAAGACCGGCGAGAUAGAGAUAAAUCCUACUCGAGGUCCCGCAGUCGGUCCCCACGCAAGGAGCGCACAUCUAGAUCCCACCGCAGUGAACGUUCUCGUCGAUCCGAGUCCCCACGCCGAUCAUCCCAUUCACACCGAACACCGCGUGAACGGGACCGACGGUCUCGAGAAUACGAUGAUAAAUCCUCUCGCCAACACCGGCUCUCUCCACCCGAACCAUCUGUGAACCGCCAGCGUAAAUACCCUUCGUCCCCAACCUUACGACCUACCGAAUCAGACGAUUCAGAUCCUCUAGAAGAUCUCGUCGGGCCACUUCCAGCCAAAGAGGCACCCAUUCGCUCACGAGGCCGUGGGGCCUACAAAGUCAACGCCAGCAAUAUCGAUAAACACUUCGCAUUGGACUACGAUCCCACACUCGAUGUCCAACCAGACGAUGACCACGAAGGCACCACAAAACAAUCCUCCCGUCGCCCUGUAUCAGGCCUCAUGACUGGCGAGGAUGACUGGGAUACAGCUAUGGAGGCAUUGCGCGACCGCGCGCGCUGGAGACAGAAGGGCGAAGAGAGGCUGCGAGCAGCUGGGAUCGGAGAGGAGACUAUUGAUCGGUGGAAGACUGAAUCUGCUUCCACUGGUGUGAGCGGGGAGCGUCAGCCUGAGGAUGUGCGCUGGUCCAAGAAGGGCGAGGGUAGAGAGUGGGAUCGGGGGAAGUUCGUGAAUGAUGACGGUCAUAUUGAUGUUCGAGCUGCUUGGUCCUAA